GCAUCCUCGACAAUCGCACGCACGCACGUCGAGGACCGUAGAUCGCACGACGUCCCAGCAUCUUCGCAAGCCGAACAUUUCAGGGAUCGGGAUCAGGGAUUGGGGUGGGAUCCAUCAUCAGUUUGCGUCUCCCCGAAUUUGGGAUAUAUAUUUACUUAUGCAUUAUACGUAUAUAUAAAAUGAAAUCUGUACAGACUAAGGGUAAAAGUAAGAAGAGAAAUGAGAAACUUGGCAAAGUGAAACUUCCUACCAAGGAUACGAAUGGUGUAGUUAGUCCUGAUUUAUCCAGCUUGCGCAAGCCAAUUGAUACGAGUGUAUCUGAUCUUUGUCAAGUUAGUAAGCUCCUCGAGAAUGGCACUGACGAGGUUAAAUCUAUUCUGUCGUACGAAUGCAAUAUUAUAUACGAGUGCCGUACUUGUCACAGCUUAUUUAGGAGUAUUGUAAACUUGAUAUCUCAUAAAAGAGAAUAUUGCAGGAAAAAAUUUGAUAUUACCCUUCAUAGAAGUAUAUUACACAAUCAUAACUUGCACUCUAGUAAAGAAUCAAUAAUUCAAAUGUGUACGACGGACCAGACAAUAAUUAAGGAUAAUAUUAAGAAUGAUAGAAUACUUAGAAGUCAAGUAUCAAAAGAAUCGCACAAAAAAGAUCUCAGUACCGUAAUAGAUAUGCUCAACAAAAAAAGAGAGGAAAAUAUGGAUAGUAAUAUCUCUAACGAAAAGAAAAACACAAUUUUUAAUGCUCCAAAUAACCAACAUAUUUAUUUGGAAUCCAUAAAUACAAAUUGUUCUGCAGUAUAUCAAACUAUUAAAUCGCCAAACACGUUGGUCAAUUCUACGGAUUUAAUGAAAGAACAAGUAGCAAAAUCACAAGAUGUGACAGAUCAGAAUACUAUUACAUUAGAAGAACAAACAUUUGAAAAUCAAUUGGAAAAGAGUGAUAGCCCUAUUCAAAUAGAUAUGAGCGACGAAGAGAAUGAAUUAUUAGCACAUAGAUUAUCUACAAAUAAUUUGACUUGCACAAUAUGUAAUGUAAAAUUUUCAACAAAGAAAACAUUAACAGUUCAUAUGAAACUGCAUACAUCUCAGCGCAUAUGUUAUCUUUGUCCUUGCUGUACAAGUAUAUUUGCAAAUACAUGGAGCGUUUAUCGGCAUUUAUAUAAAGUUCAUAGAAAGACUAAUGAACAGGUGCGUAAAUUAAGAUCUCUUAUUCAGGAAAGAGCAUUUCACAGAGAAGUAACAAUGGAAGGUUUAGAGAAUGCUCAUGCGAUUAAAGUGUUGGAUUCGGAAAAUGCAACAAUGAAGAAUAGUGAUAAUACCCAGAAAUCAGCAAAUCCUACAGAAUCUAGUGUACAAAGAUGUGGUAGACGUAAAAAAAGAUUCAAAACAAAAAGAGCUUUGCCAACUCCUUUGCAAUAUUGUGAAACAUCAAUUGCUACAUGCGAUAAAACUACAACCACAAUUGGACAAUCUAAUAAAACUUUUUCAGAUUCAAAAUCUGACAAUACGUUGUGUGAAACAGAAAAUGUCAAUACAGCAACUACUACGCUUAUAAAGCAAUCUGAUAUUCAUUCUAAACGUAUAUCGUCAUCUCCCGAGAUUUACAAGGAAAAUGAAACAUCCAUUCGUGUUCAACGUGUUUCUAGUCUUAGUAAAGAAGAUUGGGAUAUGCUACAAAAUGAUCUUAAUGAUCAUCCUGCUAAAUGUAAUUCUGUGGACAACAAUAAUGAUCUUCAUAAAAUUACAGCAUCGAUAACACAAAAUGUCGAUAAUGGCGAAUUACUAUCUUCUGACAAUGAGACCCGAAAUGACUCUAGGUCCAAUACAAAUUUACAAUCAUCCGAAGUUGUAUGUACAAAUAUAAGUGAAAUUAAUUCUGUUACUGUGAAGAUAAAAAAUAAAGAAAAAAUAUCAAGCCACCAAUCUGAUGAGAUGCCGUUGGUUGAUCUAAAAGAGAAAGAUAUAAUUGAGAUAGAGGAGGAUAGUUCCAAGCUGCAACCCUUGUGUUCAAUACAGUCGAAUGAAAAAAGUCAAACUUCACUAAUGGAAAGAAUAGCCACCAUCGCAAACUUUCAGAAACUGCAGUGCCUUUUAUGUAAACGAAAGUUUACAUCCAUGCCCAAUCUACGCAGACAUAUGGCAAUUCAUAUCGGUUGGAAUCGAUAUCGUUGCAAAUUAUGUGAUUUCAAAUGUUUCGUCAAAUGCGAUUGCGUCGCGCAUUGUAAUAAAAUGCAUAAUGCGCAAAACAAUCGUGCAAUCAUAGCAGAAAUAGUAAUCGAAAUACCACAAAAUGAAUACACAUGUAAUGAAAAUAUCAUCAUGGACGUAAUGAACACAGGGGAGAAGGUGAAUGAGCCUGAAAUUAUGGAUUUAACUGCGUGUCAAUCGUCGUGUCAAUCGGAAAUAUGUAUAGACUUAAACAAUUCGAAUACGUACAUCCCAUCGGAAAAUGAAGCUACUACUGCAAAUGAACAGCAAGAAUCAAAUAAAAACGUUGAACAUCAAGAUACUGAAGAGAAAGACGAUACAAUUGCGACAGUACAAAAUUUGGCAGAAUAUAUGAUGAAUAGUGGAUCAGGAAAAUUAGAUGCUCAUCCUGAUUUAAAACGUGUAGUGAUGGAGGUGAUAUUCGGUUCAAGUGACACAAGUGCGAUUGUGCAAACAAAUAAGUCUGAUAAGUCUGCAUUAACAGCUGAUAGUGAUGCAAGAGAAUGUAUAAACGAUAAUGAAAAUAGUAUCACAAGUAUUGAAAGUAUUGAGCCUAGGGAAGCAUCUUGCUCAAUAUCAGAUGUAUCUUCUACGCUCGACAAUUUGAAGCAACAACGUCCUAUACGUAAUCGAAUGAAGCCUCUACGUAAUGAUUUCAUAUACGAUUUAAAGGAAAUUGCAUUUCGGAAGGAGUGUGCCCUCUUUAACGAUUCUGAUUCGUUACAUAUACGAAAAAAAGCCAAAUUGUACAAUUGAACAUUCGAAUUAUCAAAUUGAAUAGUAUUGCUUGCAAUUUAAUAUAUAUAAAAGAUAUUUAAAAAUAACUUUAUAAGAUUACACAGA